CGAGCUCUCUGCUGUCCCCCCAGAGGUGGGUCCCGCCCCCAUGAUGGUUCGAGCGGCUGAGCGUUGAUGGGGCUGGGCACCAUGUACAGUGUGGAAGACCUGCUGAUUUCUCAUGGAUACAAACUGUCCCGAGACCACCCAGCCGCACGCGAGGAUGACCGCGAGGGGCGCCAGCCAGCCAGGACAAGGACGCGAGCCGGGCACCGCCUGCUGAAUGGGUAUGAGGAUGGGCCCGCGGCCCUGGCACACAGCAGGCCGUCCCUGGGGAAAGGACACGUGAGCGACUCGGAGAGCCGCCGCAGCACGCCUAGAGGCCACGGAGAGCCCCACAGUACUUCUGCUUCCAGAGCAUCCGCGGCAGGGUUCUAUAAUCAACCUGCCUUAGCGUGGCCCUCUCAGCCCCCGCCCUGCGACGACCGAGCCUAUUGGAGAAGAGGAGGACAGGGGGUCAGAAGCCUGCUGGGCCCGAGGGAGCGAGAAGACCGAGAGGCCGGGGGGAUGGCCCAAGCCCACAGCCUGUCCGUCCACACGAGAGAAGGUCCAUGGGAAGUCGGGAGAAGGACAGAGGAUGUGAUGAAGAAGGCGAUCUGGGAAGAAGAGCUGAGAACGUCGGGUGCCGCCAAGUGGCAGAAUGUAAGCCUCGACAGCUGGAACCAGCCGAGGAAAAUAGGGAGGCAGAUGUCGGAUGGCGACGGGGAGAAGUUGUUCCAGGACCUGUACCCCUUCAUUGAAGGACAGCGUGUGCUGAACCCGCAAAACAAAAGGAAGUCCCAGUCGUUGCCCAGGGUUCUCUCCCCUGAGGGCCUCAGCUGCACGGAAAUCCCCAUUUCCAUGGGCGAUGGACACCUCCCAGGCGUCUCUAAAAUGCCCCCAUAUCCCCCGAAUUGUGCCCCGAGUUUGGAAUCCACCAGGAAUCCUGACAAGGGUGGCUCCGCAGGCCCUGGACCCCGACCUAAGUUCGGAAGACCCCUCAAGCCUGCAUCUUUCGGCUCCCACCAGUCCAGAGGAGUAGAGAGCAGCGCCUCCCAGGACAGCCUGCAGACAGACCUGUCCGUUUCCGGUUCCACCACUGCUCAGGACCCCAGGCAUGAGCUCUGCGCGUCGGACUCUGGUUUGGAGCCUCCGGUUUACGUGCCCCCGCCGUCGUACAGGUCACCCCCCCAGCACAUCCCGAACCCCUACCUGGAGGAUACGGCACCCAGACACGCGCACGGUAGUCACGGACAGCCACAGCACGCAGCCGAGAAGGCCGGGGCUGGCUGCCCGCUUCCUCCUGGCCCCCUGGGAACCGGGACUGAAUAUGGGGCCGGGCCACGCUCUCCGCGAGGGCUCCCUCCACACCCCCGCCUCGCCGCUGCCUUCGAGGGCUCUGUGCAGUACAUCCCAUUCGAUGACCCCCGGAUCCGGCACAUUAAACUCGCUCAGCCCCAGGGUUUCUACGAAGAAGCGAAGCUCGGCCCUAAGCUGUGGAGCUCUGAUCUCAUCCCUCCCCAGGAGCCAGCGCCUGGGGAGGUGCUCCGUGAUGGUGCUGUCCUGUCUCCGCAGACCGGCUAUGAGAGGGGGGCCACCUCUGCUCAGCUCAGCCCCCGGUGGCUGCGGGGCCAUCUGCCCAGGGAUGGAGAAGAUGGCUUCCCUGAGCAAAGCGACCUCCGUGUCGUGAGAGGGAGCCAGCACGGCCAUGCGGAAGGCCAGCUCUCCUCCCCAGAUGCACCGGGCGAGCGGACCUGCGAAAUGCAGACCAAGCUCAGAACGUUUGAAACUGGGAUGCAGACCAAGAAAAGUUCAAAGAAGAAAACAAGCGAGACUAUAUUUUGUUUGGUCUCCAUCCCAGUGAAAUCUGAAUCACAUCUGCCAGCUACAGAUACGAACAACAAUGACUUAAAACCGACUGCCGAUAGGAAGGACGGCUGCGAUAAGAGCGCGGCCCUGCAGGAACAGAGUCUGCUGAGCCUCUCGUCCACCGACCUGGAACUGCAGGCGCUCACAGGAAGCAUGGUUGGGGGAACAGGGUUCCGAAAACAAGAUCUGGGGGAACCAGAAGUCCACAAACAAACAAAUGACCUCAGAUUCAUCCACCUCACAAAACACAGAGAACUCCAGGCUUCCGGCUUUUGGCCGGGGCACCAGUACAGAGACCAGCAGACACAAACCAGUUUCCCCGAAGAAUCCCAGGGCACGCAGCUGCCCCCUGGCGCUGAGCACAGAGGGCCGAGUCCCUCUACGCCAGGUGCGAAGUGCCCAGAGCCGGCCGCCUUCGAGCCACAUGUGCACACCGCACUUGCUUCCAGGGACCAAAAACAGAAGCCCAGUGCUCCCAGCCCACAGGGCCAGACGUCCCUCAGCCCGUCCAGCAACAGUGCUUUCUCAAGGACUUCCUGGUCCGUCAAUCAGGCGCCUGUGUCAAAGGCGUGCCCACGGGAGCCCUGUGCAGACGUGCGUGUGCCUGCGGCCAGCCCCGGGCCCCAGCGGGAGGUGGUGAAGGGGGAACCCACGGGUCCCUGCAACAGCCAGCAGCUCUUUGGGCAGUUUCUCCUGAAACCCGUCAGUCGUCGACCAUGGGACCUGAUAAGUCAGCUAGAGAGUUUUAACAAGGAACUGCAGGAGGAGGAGGAGGAGGAAGACAGCCACAGUAGCAGCGAGGACAGCGAAGCUGAGUGGCUGCAGGAAGACCCGGCCGACCCCAGACCAGAGAGUUCAGGCUUCCACAGGCACGGCCAGGAAGUGAGAGUCGAGCAGGAACCGAGGAUGUUGGUGCCGGAGGACCCUGCGUGGCUGGGAAGAGUUCAGAGCAAGCCUGAGAGCUGGAGUGGGGAGCCAAAGCCCGGCCUCCCGCAUGCCCAGCCUCAGUCCUCGGGCCCCACGCAGGGGGGAGAUGGCAGAGGGGAGCCUUGGCAGUCAGUAGGCUGGAGCCCGGCCACAGAGGAGAGACGCCGGGAGGACGGAAGUGGAGAGAGCAGACUAGCGCUCAGCCCGGGUCCUGAGAAAGGCAGGGUGUCUUCAAGGUCCAGUGACACGAAGCCCAGCCUCCUGUCCUAUCUGGCUGAACCAAGGGAGCCACAAGACAGCUGGGAAUUCACCAGUGCUGUAAGUUCCACGAGGCCAAGCCACAUGCUCCCUCGGACUGCUGACGGUGAGGAGAGGGGCACUGCAGUCCCACUGUCCUUUACCGACAAAAGCCGAGGCCUCUCAGCACCAGAUUUACGGUCUCUGGGGCUUCCCGCGGGACAAGAACAGGAGACCCCGGGGUUGGACGGGACUCUGGGGGAAGCAAGGGCCGUAGCAGCCCCCCCAAGUGAGUCCCUGCAAGCGAGGGCUGCCAGGAUCCUCGGCAUUGAGGUGGCAAUGGAGUCCCUUCUGCCAGGAGCCAGGAAAGAGGGACAGAGCCAGCUCCCUGAGCCUGUCACCAACACCAACACCUGCAGCCCAGGGCCCUGCAUGGAGGAGCUGCCAGUCAGCCCAGCACCAGCAGGUGGCCCCCCGGCACCUGCCGACGCCUUUUACGGCAGGAGGAAGUGCGGUUGGACCCAGAGCCCUCUCUUUGUCGGGGAGAGGGACGGCGCCAGGAGGGCCCCUCAGGCCUCUGAGCACAUGGGUGUGGAUGGGCUCAGAGCCCCCAGCCCUGAGCCUCAGCCCGACCCUGGGGAGCUUAAGACCUUUGAUCCCAAGGACGAGGAGGCAAGGCCGUCAUUCAGGUCCACCCUGUUCCACGUUAUAGAAAGGACCCCAAGCGUGUCGGGUCCAGAAAAGAAGCUAAGAAGUCCUUCCAAAGUGAUCGAAAGUUUACAAGAGAAACUGGCUUCCCCCCCGAGGAGGGCAGACCCUGACCGCCUGAUGAGAAUGAAAGAGGUGACGUCGGUGUCCCGGAUGAGGUUCCUGAGCUCCAAGACCCCCGACUCCACUGAGGAGACCGAGGAGCUGAAGGUCACCAGGGGUCAGGCUGGGCCACCAGAGGCAUUCGUGUCCCUGAACGGCAGGGACUGGGCUCGGAGACCAGGCCACCUGCUCCCUGUCUCCAAGAGCAUCAUCUCCCAGGAAGAAAACGGGCACCCAGCAACACAGAGGCAGAGGAGGACGGCUGAGCAGGACUUCUGGGGCCCAGAUUCGUAUGACCCUAGCAGAGUGGAGAGGGUAUGACAAAAUGCCGGCCAAGCCCCGGACCACCGCAGUUUGCUGCGUCCCCUCGGCUCUGGUCCCACCACCCUCCACCACUGCCGUGGGGGACGCUCAUCUGUACAGAACAGCUGUGAGAUAGAGCAGGAGCGCGGGGGAACCGUCCUCGUCACAGCAUGAAGAUGCAAUGCCUGUGUUUAGGGAAGGGUUUUCCUAGUGAACCCUUCAUGGUGGGUGUGGCCAAGCUGGUCCGUGGUUAGGUGUGACUCUGGUGCUGUGUGAGAGUUCAAACAUGGAAGAGCUAGCGGAUGAUUCUGAAAGGCCUGCAGAUGUUCCGAGUCCCCCUCAGUGUCCCCGUGGCCCACAGCCCUCCCUCACACCGAGGAGGUGCACGUGGACCGUGGACCGGUGUUCCAGCACAUUCAGGUGGGGGAAUGUGAGUGCAUGUCUGUGACCCACACUGAUCUACUUGGCCUUCUGCUGCAGGAAGUAGCUUUACCUAUAAGUCACUCGCCGUCAGAGAACAAAAGCAAUAUCUUUUAAAUUCCUAAAAGGUGAAAACUCGUACUGUAAUAUACUAAGAGUAUUAUUUAUCUGGCAAUGAAGUACUUUGAUCGCUCGCAAACAUGCCAUUGUCUGCUUUGCACUCAGUAUUAAUCUAUUUUUGUUUCCCGUAUGGAUAUUUAGAAAUUCUUUAUAUGAAAAAUAAUUGCUGGUUUAAAAUAGACCAUUUUAACAAAGUAACUAUAUUUCUUUUUACAAAAAAAAAAUGCUAUUUUUCUAUGAUGUAAACAAUUGUUAGGGGGCAGAUUUUUAAGGAAGUAUUAUUUUAUUUAAGAGUCUGUAUUCCUUCAUGUGGGAGGGCCCAUAGAGGGUUCACUUUGGCUUUAAAGCGAAUGCCCCUUUCCCAUUCAUAACUCUGCUUUCAUUUUAUUUUAGAAAAUGUCAAUAUAGGCAUAUUGGAGGGUUAAGAAAAUACACUUUUUACAAUUUUGGA